AUGGGAUUUCAAAAACCAGCUCCCCUGCUGGGCGGUGGAGCCGCAGCACAGGAAACACCGACCAGUCAGCAAUAUCAGGAGAAGUUCCAGAGCUUAUACACGCGGUUUUUCAACCAGACUAGCAGCGAAGAAAGCAGCGAUGAGGACGGUGGGUCUGGCAGGAGCGAGUUGGCGGCGGCCAACGCUGUGAGCGCUGUGAGCACUGCAAGUGCUGCGGGCGUUACUCAAGCGGGCGAACCCACGGAUCUGUCCCGACAAUUGCACAAUCUGAUAUCCAGUAAUUCGGAGCUGGGCUCCAGGCUUUUGUCGCUGCUCCUGGUGAGCAGCGGCAACGCUAAAGAAAUCAUUUGCGCAGUCAACAAGGGCGAUUUGGACGGGCUGAAGAAACUGGACCUCAAGAAGUCGCAGUUGGAAAGCCAGAGUCCCGCGUACACUGAAAAGGAGCUUCACGAAUUCAAAAAGGUCGAGCUAGAGAAGCGGCGGAAGAACACCGAGGCCUCGGCCCGUUUCCGGGUGCGCAAGAAGCAGCGACAGUAUGAAAAGGCCGAAAAACUCAAACAACUGAACGCUCAGAUCUCGGAGCUCUACGGCACUAUCGAUAGACUGCUGGAUGAAAACAAGUUCUGGAAGGACAAGCUCGAGGAUGUGAACGAGCGUAAGUCGCGCGAGAUGCUUGACGGCAUUAAGAGACGCAGGCUGAAAGAGAAGGAAGCGGCGGUGAGCAAUUAG